AUGAACGAGAGCGUGCCGGGGAACGAGAGCAUGGCAGGUGAACCCCAAGGCGCGUGGGGGGAAGCUGAAACUGCCGAACACAACGGUAGCUCUCUCGAGCUCUCCUCCUCAGCUCCGCUGGACUUCCCUGUUAACCCCUGGGACAUUAUGCUGUGCCUGUCCGGUACCGUGAUCGCGUGCGAGAACGCUAUUGUGGUGGCGAUCAUCUUCUACACUCCGACUUUACGCACGCCCAUGUUCGUGCUGAUUGGUAGCCUCGCGACGGCCGACUUGCUCGCUGGCAUGGGAUUAAUUUUGAAUUUUGUAUUCCAGUAUCUGAUCUCCUCACAGACCAUCAGCCUUAUAACUGUCGGUUUCCUGGUGGCUUCUUUCACCGCGUCCAUAAGUAGCCUUUUAGCGAUCACUGUUGAUCGGUACUUCUCUCUCUACAACGCCUUGACGUACUUCUCCGAGAAGACUCUACACUAUGUGCACCUGAUGCUGGUUGGCACGUGGGGAGUGUCACUUUGCCUCGGGUUGCUGCCAGUUCUCGGCUGGAACUGUUUAGAGGACGAAGCUUCGUGCAGUAUUGUACGGCCACUGAAACGCAGCAACGUCACGCUGUUGGCGGUGUCCUUCUUUGUCAUCUUUAUACUAAUGCUUAGUCUCUACUUAAAGAUUUGUAAAAUCGUCUGCCACCACGCGCACCAGAUCGCGCUACAGCAGCAUUUCUUUACCACCUCGCACUACGUGGCCACCAAGAAGGGAGUUUCCACUCUCGCGAUUAUCCUCGGCACGUUCGGCGCGAGCUGGCUGCCCUUCGCAAUCUACUGCUUGGUGGGCGAGCGAGAAUACCCUCCUGUGUACACGUACGCCACGCUACUACCAGCGACUUAUAACUCCAUGAUCAACCCAAUCAUUUACGCUUACCGGAACUCCGAGAUUCAGCGCUCGCUCUGCGUGCUCUUCUGUGGCUGCUUUCAGACCAACAUGUCUUAUCGCUCGAGAUCACCGAGCGAGGUGUGA